UAUAAAAGGUAGUUGCGAGAAACGAGAAAAGCAGUUGGAAUUAGUUUUUUUUCUUUUCCCUAUUUACCGAAACAACUAACCACUCUGACCUUUAACCUCACGCGCUGGCUUCUCGGUGGUCAGCGCGUGUUUCACUUUGAUUUUGACCACGCCACUGCAGGCUUCUCCUUGGGCUUUUAUUAGGUUGGUGGGCUCUUCUGAACUAUAUAUCUAACACAUCACAAAAUAAUGGAAAUUAGUAGUGUUUAAAGGAGUGGAAAGGAAUUGCACUUCCCAAUUCCAAUUGAACAUGAACUAUAUGUUUAUUCUCAUUGCCACUUUCAAGAUUAUAAAGACGAAGAUAACGAAAUUACAAGAGGCAAUGGGAGUUCCAACAUCACACAGCACUAAAAGGAUAACACAACCUAUUUUCAAAGUAAAAGAAGACGCAUCAUUAACAGAUUCUAACGAACGCACUCUAAUUCGUCGAAGGAUUCUCAUGGAUUCCAAUAAUAAUGACACUUGUUCCUUCUCCUUACCCUACGAUUCAUGGAUGGUCAAGCACCCUUCAGCAUUGCACUCAUUUGAUAGAUUGAUGAACUCAGCAAUGGGGAAGAGGAUCAUCGUUUUCCUAGACUAUGAUGGCACCUUAUCACCAAUUGUCAAUGACCCUGAUCGAGCUUUCAUGUCUGAUGAGAUGCGUGCUGCAGUCCGUGAAGUUGCUACUUAUUUUCCAACAGCAAUAAUCAGUGGAAGAAGCAGAGAAAAGGUAAAAGAUUUUGUGAAGUUAAAUAAUUUAUAUUAUGCUGGGAGCCAUGGAAUGGACAUAAUGGCACCAUUAAUGGCAAUUGGAUCUUCUAAUGCUAAGCAUUGUGACAUGAACCUUAACACAAAAGGCAAUGGAGUGCCCUUUCAACCCGCCAAGAAGUUUUUGCCGGCAAUUCAGCAGAUAGUUAGAAGAUUAGAGAAUGAAGUAAAGGAUAUAAAAGGUGCAAGGGUAGAGGACAAUGGAUUCUGCCUCUCUGUACAUUUUCGACAAGUUCAAGAACAGGAUUAUGGUGUUUUGGAGAAGAAAGUGAAAUGUGUGCUUGAAGAGAAUCCACAAUUUCGGUUAACUGAGGGUAAAAAGGUCUUGGAAAUAAGACCAUCCAUAGAAUGGAACAAAGGCAAUGCUGUUGAGUAUUUUCUUGACACUUUAGGCUUAAAUUCUUCUACCAAUAUCCUUCCUCUCUAUAUUGGAGAUGAUCGAACUGAUGAAGAUGCUUUUAAGGUAAUAAAGAGAAGAGGUCAAGGGUAUCCAAUUCUAGUGUCUUCAAUUCCAAGAGAAACAAAUGCUUUCUACUCUUUGCGUGACCCAUCAGAAGUACUAAUCUUCUUGACAAAGCUUGCAAAAUGGAUGAAAAGCUCAUCUAUCCCAAAACCAUGCCCUUAAGUUUUCAUUAAAGGGCACAAAUUAAAAUAGGUUCAUCAUCAUCAUCACAAAGUGAAGAAGAUUUUUGGCACUCCACAUAUAUAGUUAUUUCCCACAAUGGAUUUUGGUGAAUGUGGGAUAUAACUAUCAUAAUUAUUUAAUUCCCUUUUCAGUAUAGUACUUGGGUUUGUACAAUAUAAGCCUUGUAUAUUUCCCAUGUUGUAAAUAGGUUUCAUGAAAGAUAAACUUGCUCAUCUAAAA